GUCUUGUCGUUAGGAGGCGCUGUGGGGUGUACCGCCUGUAAAUCAGAUGAAGCUAUUACUCACAUGUGAGUCAUUUCAUCCACGUUGAUGCUCCGACCAACGCUCUUUCCUCUCGUGUCUGCUCGCGUGGGUCCGCCGGCGUGUGAAUGUGUCAGUUUCCCGUCCUUUUCGUCGUGAUUGGGUCAAACACCGGAGCCUGAAUGCAUCACAGGCAGGAGUGACAUUAUUAGCUCCCCCAGAUACUGAGACAGCAACCGCUCAGACAGACCCUGAAAGAUGUCUGGGACCGCACACACAUCUGCGACCCUGCAGUCCGGGAAAAUGAAAAAGGACGAAUCUUUCCUCGGGAAAUUAGGGGGAACCCUGGUGCGAAGGAAAAAAUCCAAAGAAGGUAAGACGUUUUUGUUUUACUUUUUCAAUAUUUCUAAUGUAACACAAGGCCUCUUGUUUGUUUUCCCUUGUGUUUCUGUCCAUGGUGCUGCAAUCACAUGAUGCACUUAUUGAAAUAGUCUCCUCUGGGACAUCAUGGGCACUUUAAUCAAGAGCUGCACACAUGAUUUACAACAUCUGUACACACAUGACAGGGUUUUAAGUUAAUGGUCUUAUCUGUCUUUUACACAGACCUGGUUAGUAUUUAAAUCUAUCUGAUCAAUUCUGGUAUAUUUUGAGUUUUAGUUAUGAUAGAUGUCUCAGCUUGUAAGUGAAUCAGAGGUCAGACAAAGCCUUUGAGUGCCCCCACAAGAAUUCAACAUGAGCUAAUAAACAAAAAUAGAUCAUACAGCCUGUGUGACUAGAGACAGGAAUGCAAGGUGGUGAUUAAGAUAAAGGUGUAAGAGGAUUAGUAGUGUGCCCACUGUUUGGCACCAAAACACUCUUUUUCUCUCAAUGUCCCAGUUCUCUCUCAGUUCUCCAGCUGUUGUCCAGACUAUUUUCUACCUUCCCUCAGGACAGUCAGUGUGUGGUCAAAGGGACAGCUGCAAGGUUUAACAACCAAGUGUGUGUUAUUUGUGUGUGUCUACUGUGUGAGUGUGUGUGUGUGUGCUCACAGCCAUGUGUUUUGGUCUCUAUUAAAAGAGGUCCCCUCAGCAGGCAGACAAAGACAGCAACAUUUUAGAAGACUUAUUGUUUAAAAUCUCAUAUUUAAACAGUUUGAAUGCUGUUUUAAAUAGAAAUGGCUGAUCUACAAUCAGACAAUCAUCUACAUCAACAUGUGGAUGAAAGUGUCCUCUUAUAUGACUUGCAGCUCCUUAACCACAUAUCUAAUGAACAUCAUGGCAUUUGUAUUAUCAAAGAAGAAAAGUGCUGAGGCAGUCAUUAGAGAGUCCACUCUUGUUACCAAAACACACAAGUGACGAUACAUUUAAGAGGUAAUUUAACUGAUGUUAAAUCCAUGUGUAGAAAAUAGAUGUAAUUGUUUAAUUGCAGCCUACAGGGGAUCUCACUGUUUCACUGAAGUUAAUUAGGUGUUUUUCUACUUAAACAAAGAAACUGCAGACAGAUUGGCCCUGUGUGCUCAUUAGAAGAUAAUUGUGAGGUUUGGUGUAAUGAGGUAAUGAGAAUAGACGUCUUCCUGCUGAAGCUUUUCUUAAAACUUCACUGAAACCCACAUUUCUGUGACUCUCAAAAUGUUGUCAAGUUUUGACAUUCAUUGAAAGAAAGAAAGCUGCAGGACUAUGUUAAAACCCAUUUAAAGCUAUUUUAUGCUCAACUAAAAUCAGUCGACUGAACAAAAAAUGCAGUGAUUUAACUAUUUCUUAAUUACAAAAUGUCAGACAUUUGCUGAUUCUAGCUUCUCUUGAGAACUUGCUGUUUUUAUAUCACUGUAUUUGAAGAUAUCUGUGUUCUUCAGCCUAUUUGUCCUUUUGGUUUCGAGAAGAAAUCCACCCAGAGCUUGGAUUUCAGUGUCAAAAUAAGAGAGAAAUCUUCGUUUUUUCUUUCUGCAUGUUUUCCAACGUAAUAAAUCAACGCAUGCAGGCUUUCUAGUCCAUCUUCUCCAAUAGACUUGGAUAUAAUUUCAGUCUGAGUGAACUGAAGAACAAAAAAGUGAGCAAGGAGUUAUUGAUAAAAGUAGUGCAAAUAAUGUAACUUUGUGAGAUCUGUGGAAAAAUAAAACAAACAAACAAAGUGGAAUGGACAGGGUAAGUGAAUUUGAUAAAAGUUUAAUAGCUGAAAGUAACAGUUAGCUAACCAUGAUAAAAUGGAUGAAAUUUCGAGCUUCUAACUCUUCAACAUGGUGGUGCAAAUUGACUUGAACUUUAGCACUAUGAUUUGUUCUAAAAGUAUAUAAUUUCAUACACAUUUUUGCUUAAAUUUGUAGUUUUUCAAUAAUAUGCAUUCACUGUAUGGAGGACAAAAAGCUUAUUAGACCACAGUGCCCCUAUGUGGUCGGAGCGGAUAAAAGCUUAAAUGAUAUGCAGUUUAUUUUUUGAGACACAGGCUUCAAUGGUGUUAAAAUACUUAAUCACUAAUAAGUGCAACAGUACAGAAGAAGUAGGUAAAGUCUUUCUGAUGGAGAACAACUUGUGGACCACACAUUGCAGCUGUUGUGGUUUGUGUAACGUUUGGGUGUGGCUCUCUUAUAAACUCUUUUAGGGAACACCCAGGAAAGACGAGUCACCACUGGAGAAGUUGCUGAAUAAUCAUUAUAGAUGUAACUGGAUUGCAUUUCUAAGAAAAAGGACAAGAUGUUUCUUAAACUGUGUGAGCACUCCUUAGCAACGACAUGACGGACACGUUUCAGUGCAGCAUUUAGAAUUGAAAUCAUCACUGUUGUAUCAGAAAUGGGAUGAGAAGUGUUUUCUAAAGGCUACUGGAGAAAAACACAAAGAAACUUUUACUUCAUACAGCCCUGACUGUUAAAACUGCAGAUCUAGUUUUCUGGGGUGUGUUAUGUCCCUUUUUCUUUCUGUCUACUCUGAUAAACUGAAAGGAAGCCUGCAUUUCUCUGACAAGACACAACCUCCUCUGUCAGCCGCAGGACCGCAGUGAUAGUGGAGGGAAAAAAAACACUGUUUUUGCUUUAUAAGGACUUUAAGGAGUGUCAUGUCACACUCUCACACUGCCUCUGUGUUAUCUAGGUGAAUAGAGUCUUUUACUGUCUGAAAAUACAAAAAUACAGCUGAGAUCCAAAGUCUUGAGAUGGCAGAAAAUAAUAGUAAGUCAUCUGUUUGUUGCCUUUGCUUUUUUUUUCUCCUUCACCUCUUUAUUUUGUCAUUUUUUAGCAAAUCACAAAGAAAUAGAUUGAUGCGUUAAUUAAUAUAUUAAAUGUUAUACACUUUGAACAAGUACAGCUUUACAUAACAUGGAUAAAAACAUGAUAUAUCGUCAAAACUAUCCCUCCUUAUCGAUCACAUUCUGGUGUUUUUAGGUUAGCUUUUGCGAGCUUUAGGAUGAUAUUUCUAAUUGUAAAGUUAAUUGUUUUGACUUCAAAGAUAUUACAUGAAAAGUAAAAUUAAUAUGUAAGAUAAAGUGAUAUUGAAAACCACUAAAGAGGCUUAAAGCUGGAAGAAUAAUUCAAGCAGCAUUUAUGCACUUAAUAGUUAACAACUGGCGAGUUGAUUUUGAUUUGGAGCCCGUUCAAUAACUGAUAUUAAUCCAUGAUUUCAGACUGAGGAAAUUUCUGCUUAUAAGAAAUACAAAAAUAUUUAUUUUAGUUGGCACUUAAUUGGCAAAGCCUCUCCUUAAAUUUGACUUGCAACUUUAAAUUUUCAACUUAAAUAUAUAAAUACAUGAUAUUUUCAAGUCACAAUAUAGUUGUGAACAUGAAUAAGAUCCUAAGAAAAAUGUGUGCUUUUGGGUGUGUUUUUACUUUGCAGCCUCAUGUCUUUAUUAGACUUGUUUUAAGACUCACAACGGUGUUAAGUGUAAAAAAGUGACAUUUAAAUUCUCUGACUUGGAGCCUAAAGGGGGGUUAAAAAGUGUAAAAGAAAUCGUUAACAAGAGAAGAAGAAAGCAGGAGGACAUCUCCCUCAGGAACAGAUUGUCAUGGAGGUGAAGUUGAAUAUACAGAAUAUGGAGAAGAUUUAGAGAACUUAAAUAUUUAAUAAACAGAAUUAAUGCCACAUAAUAAGUCAAGAGUGGGUGCUGAGUUAAAGAGCUGUCAUGGUUAAUUCCUGCUGAACACUCCCCUGUGGAACAGUGUCACUGUCAUCUCCUGGCUGCUCUUACUCACUGGUGCCGGCUGGUGUAAAUAACCUGAGCUAUAUUUAAGGUCCACUCUGUCCUCUUCAUGCUUCUGCAUUAUUUAUAUCCCCCUUGGUGCCACAGUGAAUCUCCUCCCUUCCCUUGGGAGCAGCAGAACCAAAACAUGGGGUUGAUUUCAAUCUGCUAAAUACUCUUUUUUUAUGGUUAUUAUUCUUUUUGCCUCUUAGGUACAAAACAUCUCAGUAUAGUUUGCUGGUGUCCCUUUCUUUUUCAUUUGUUAUACCACUGUGGAGCAUUUUCCAUAAGUCUUUGUUAUGAAGAUAAAUGUCUAUUACUGCAGGCUUUGGUUGGUAUUCAAUUAGAGUAAUUCCAUUAACAGCAAUACAGCUACCUCCUGAUUGAUUAUCCACCGCUGUAAAACAGAUUAAAGGCUCCAGCCACAUGCUCCCUGUCUGAUCUACUAAAACUAGUCUGUUCCUUUAACUACAUGAGAGUCUGAUUUGACAUCAAAAAUUUAGCAGGGCUGUGAUGAGGAGUUAAAGUUGCUUCUUUACCUGCCAUGUGUCAGUGAGGUCCAUCCAGGAUCUCCCGGUUAACCAUCCAGAGGUUGCUAGUUCUGUAGAGUUGACUUCCAGAGUGGUGUCUCCUUCCUGUCAUAUUCGAGCACGCGCAUGCACACACACACACACUUGUCAGGAUCUCCUGUAACUGGACCGUAGAGGUGGGGUGGAGGGUUGUGACAGAAAUAAACACGUGAUGACGCCCCCGCCACCGCUCGGCUCCACAGACUACGAUUCACACACAUUUACUGUAUAUACCGCAUAAAGACACACUGCUCCUGCAUUCUCUUCCUUCGCUCACUUCCAUUAAAGAGAGGAUCCGUAGGUUUUUUUAUAGCGGGGACAUGGCUGGGCUGCUGUGUGGGACCAAGAGGAAGAAACAAGGUAAUUAGAUGUUGGUUUAAAAGGAACUGAAUCAGGGAAGUGGGACUUGUUACUACAGUUCACGACAGGUUAAUAUCCACUUUUGAGCUGUUUUGUGUGUUAUCAGAACUUGUCUGAUUGUUAAUACUGCUGCUGAAUGUGUAUUUUACAUUAUGUCACUGUUGUGUUCCUGGACUGAUAGUAUUUUUAUUCCCUAUUUAUUUCCCCCUGCCUAAAUCUGCUUUUGUGGAUUAGCUGCAACCUGUAGUUCCUCCAUUUUUUUUACUGCACUUUACUUGACUGUGUGAAGUGCCAAUGCAGCAGCAAUGCAGUCAAAUUCACACAGGGGGAGGAGGAAGCACAAUUAUGAUGAAAUGCUUUGAGCUGGCUCAGUAAUUACGCUCCAGUAAGUGCUGAUCUGUGUGGAGAUCCAGGGCUCGAGCUCUUAUGGGAGGGCUGGAUCAGAUAGGAAACCUGUAGGAACCGCGCCUCCAGGAGUAAUUUGGUGUUUCCUCUGUCUUCAAGCUUUGAAGUCGAGAUUUUGACCUGAUUUCUCUUUGUAUACAGUAUGAACCUGGCAAGUUUAUUUUCUGUGUAUUUUUCUCACAGGCUUUUACUUUAAAAAAAGGUGCUUCAUACACAUCUUCGCCCUAGUUCUCCUGUCAGGUUUUAUAAAUAGUAAAAUCAAUAAAGUGAUAGAUUUAGGACAUUGAUUGGAGUCCAGGUUGUUGAAGGAUGAGCAAAGUGAAAUGCAGGACAGUAAAAGCGGUGUGGCCAUUAGAGGAAGAAAGCCUUGUUAUCCCUGGGGUCUCUCUAGUCCAAGGUGAAAGCAUCUCAGCAGAAAUAGAUUUGAUGCAAAGUCGGACUCAACAUGUGUUUGUGUUUGGGACUUUUUGUCAAUGUUGUCCUCUUCAACUGAAUACCCAAAUGCUUUUUGUCUUUAGACUAAACUCAGUUUUUAACCACAUUUUGAGUGUAAUGUAAAUCUACAUUGCACAUUUUAAGUUCUCUACAAGCUGCUUCCUAAAUGACUUAUUCUGUUUGAUAAUGGAGUCUGCAGUGGAAAAGAAAGAGCCUCAAAUGAUAAGUUCAAAGUAUGCAACACAAAAGUGGAUAAUUUUAGUGAAUAAAGACAAAAAAGAAAAUGAUAUCGACAGAUUCUUUAAAGCUCCUCUGGGGAGUUUUGUACUUUGAGUGUCGGCAGCAGUGUUGAGAGGUUAGUUAUGCUGAAGAAGCAGCCUUUGUCACUUUCCCUUGGCAGUUACUAGAAGCGGUUAAUAAAAUCAAAGUAACAAAGACAACUCUAGGAGUUUUUUCAGUCAACACUGCUUUCACAAGUCCAAGGCAUAAUUAGCAACUAUGUAAGGGUUAUAUUUUGACCACUGGGUGUUCUAAAAUCAACACAGACAGAAAGUUCCUCGCAGAAGCUUUAGAAAUAACCAAGAUUAUGUGAUACAUAUUCUUAUGUUUAUGAAAAUAGAUCAGCGUUAUCUUCUCUUUGUUAAAACAUACCUCUUAUUUUACCCAUAAUGUGGUAAAAUAGCAGUGUGAUGUGUGUGUUUGAUGUCUAACCUCGUCCAUGUUAGAGAUGAAAAGUUGGUCAGGGCAGUCUUCUUGGCUGAGUCAGGGAUGAUGUGGGUAACUCUUCGUUCAUGCCCACCUCAAUUAGGUAUUUAAAUAACGUUUCCUAAAUUAUAGUCGUAUUUGGCAAUAACGUCAUGGCGUUAUCUUAUCAUUUCCUUUUUGGUCUUGUUUGCCUUGUCUCACCUUGCUGUAUCUUGUUCUUUAAUUGUAAUUGUUGUUUAUUGCCGUGGUAUUUCUUAUGACCAUUUCUGUGGGAUUCUUGUGCAAUGAGUGUAAUGUGCGUGGGUUGUGUGACAGUGUCUUUGUAAGGUCAAGUACUUUGUGUCAUCAGUUUGCAGCUUCAUGUACAGCUCUUGGAGUUCAAGACAAAUUUCCCUAAGAAGACAAUAAAGUGUAUCAUUAUCAUAUCGUUAUCGUAUUGUAUCAUAUCGUAUCAUAUCGUAACGUAACAAUACCCUCAACACUCCUAAGUGUGAAUUGGACAUAGCAACCUGCUCACGAUACAUAAUCCCAAUAGUCACAGCUAAAAUCCAGAGAGCUCUCUCUAGCUGUUGGUUCAAAGAUAAUUUUAGUGAUUUUAAAACUAUUCGUCCAUGCAGCUGAAGAAAAAGUUCCUCGAUUUGACAGUUCAUACUGCAACCAUAUAAAUGAUUUAUCAGGCUACACAUGUACAAAUUAAGUUAAAACUGGAUAUUUCCAUUCAAAGUUAAAUCAAAGUAGUUAUGUUUUUCUUUUUAGUAGAGGUAUAUACGAUAUAUAAGGUCCUCUCUAUGACUUUUCUGAUGGUAUUUUCCUUUCUCUCCUGUAACACUCCCAAAGCACACGCUGUGGAGUAGUGUGUGGUUGCUUCCAGUCUGUUUUCCAUCCUCCCAGCUUCUUCUCUCUGCUGGUCAGCCAUUGACCACAAAUCUAAGUGUGUGUGUGCUCUUCAAAUAUGUUAAAAAUAACAUUGGAAAAAUCCCCCAAGUUGCAAUGGAGCUUCACUGUCAACAGGAAGAGAUGAAAUCAUAAACUUUUCUUUAAUGUGCAUGACUACUUUCUGACAGAUUUGAUGCCAUGUCUAUAGUCUGAUUGUCCCCAGUGCUUUUCAGAGUCAACAGUGUGGAGCAAUUAGAGACACACAAAGCUGAGUGAACAAAACAAGAAAGCUGGUUAUUAAUAAAUAUCUGUCUGCUCACCCCUAAAUUUGUCUGUCGGUCUGUUCAUAUCAGACUUCGGCAGACUCAAGUGACACCACCUGAAAGUCAUCUUAAAAUAAAAGGCUUCACUUCAACCUUCUGAUGACUGUCGCAGCUCUUUGUAAAACCUCUUAUACACCCUGAUCGGUAAAACCAGAUCAGUCCUUCUUCUAAACCCUGGUCAUUGUGUCCGCUGAGUAAUGAGACCAUAAAAAAUCUCUCUGAACAUCAUUCAGCUCUGUCUGCCAAAGAAAAAAAGGGUAGUGGUUUUUAAUAAUAAAUAGAAAAACUGUCACACCUCAACCACCGUAAAAAGUUGUCAACAGUCCACUCUGUUAUCACAAUGAAAAGCUUUUUCCACCGUAGUUAGUCUCUGCCUUUAGUAUUAAAUAUAUGCACACACACACAUAUAUAUAUAUAUAUAUAUAUCAUUUGACUUAGGAUGUCAAGAUUUUUAGUAAUAUUUUAUUACUUAGAGGAACAAGUUUUGUCAUCUUGAGACGACCAGAUAUCAACCUGUUAUCACGAGAAACAAAGUGACCUUUUAUCAUGACUUGUAAUGGUUAUUAUAGGAGGUCAGAAAUGUGUUGCAAGUAAUCAAAGAGAAAGAAAAUAUCAAAAUUAGACAAUCUGUUAAACUUAAAAAAAAGUCUGUUUUUUUUAAAUAUCAGUUUCUUUCUAAAUUUGUUGUGUUUAUUUGUUUAACUUUAUGCCUUAUAUGGUUUUUUGUUUGUUUGUUUGUUUGUUUUUUCAGUGAGUGAUCUCCAAGAGGAAGGGAAGAAUGCCAUCAACGCUCCCAUGCUUCCCACUGCGGCAGACAUCCAUCCUGAGGACACACUGCUGGGUACAUAUUACACACAUAAAAGUACACAUACCAUAACACUCAGCCAGAAUUAUAACCCUCAUAUGCUAGAUCAUGGCUUUAAUAUGCAGCACAUGUGUAUGAUUUGGAUUCAGCUUUGGCAGCUCACUUUACUAAGAGUGACACUUGUCGACACACUGGGGUUUUUACAGUUGAGGAGCAGGAAAUGAAAGAGGGUGGGGGAAAGACACCUUUGUUUUCAGUCAUCAUGUGAAACACUGUUGACAUGAGCAGGAAAAGGAACCCUGGAUAUGAGUUUUACUAUUAUGUUUGUGUGAAGCUGAAACAAAAAUCCAGACUGUAUCCAAAUGAAAUCACAGCAUUCAUACAAUAUCUGUUUUGUGUUCUCAUUUCCUUCAUAUCAUCUUUGUUAGAGGAAAAUGCAGAGAGGAUCAUGUUAGACCCAACAUCUCGGGAAAAUCUGAAGUUUAAAGAUCUUCUGAAGGUACUUUGGUUGCUUGUUUUUUGCUCAAACUUAACAUCUUAACAGAAUCACAGCAGAAAGCAUCUAUAACAGAACGUUUACAAUCUAAUUUUGUGUCCAGGUCCUGAUUGACUGGAUCAACAGUGAGCUGGAGGAAGAUAGGAUCAUUGUCAAAGACCUGGAGGAGGACUGUUAUGAUGGACAAGUGCUCCAGAAGUUAUUUGGUAAGAAAUCUCCCACCAAGCACCAAAGAGAAUUGACUCUAUUAGCAUUAGGAGUCAUACUUUUCCAGAUAUUUCCAAAGCUAUUGUCAUUUCUUCUCUUAGUGCUCAUGUUUCAAUAUGAGCUUGCACACACAUUAGCACCCAUAGGUGUGUUGCUCUUGAUAUAAGGUGUGUUCAGGUGCUUAGCAAGCGUGAAUGCCCAAAAACCUGCCCAAAAGUCUGUGGCACAGUAUUCUUCUGCUACUAUAAGGGAAUAUAACUGUAUGAGAGUAAGACGGCAUGCAUGUCUCUAUCAAUUUCAAAAGCCACAUUUUGAUCAGGAGACUGGUAAAGUGAUUAUAACAUCAAUUAAUACAGUGACAUAACUCAUACACUGACUUGUGAGUAGGGCUGAAACGAUUACUCGAGUAACUCGAGUAACUCGAUUAAUAAAAUUCCUCGAGGCAAAUUAUAUGCCUCGAGGAAUCGUUUAAAUCCGGAACCAUGUGCAGCGCACGGUGUUUGACACGGACGGUUAUUUCUGUUGCGCAGAAGCGUGCUCUUUCCGCUCCUUCCGCUGCCGCGCGUUUGGUUCAAUCAUGGAGGGAAACGAGGACAGACAGAAGCUGUGCCCGAAAUGGCAUACUGCCUGCUAUCUACUUACCUACUCAAGCAGUAGCUACUGCCUACUGACUACUCAAAGAUGAUUUGAGUAUGCCGCGGCUGCCCGAGCGUUUACACACAUACAUACUAAAUACCCCAGAAUGCAUUUCGUGCCGGCCGGACGCAGCGCCGGGAAAAUUUAAAUAGUCCUACCACAAGCUACAUAGAACGACUGCAUACCGGACAAAUUAUAUAAAUUCAUUCAAUAAUAAUAUUUUUUCUAGCGAGAAAGUAAGUGUUUACAUCACGAUUAUGAGCCCAGUUGUUUGAAAUAGUGGCUGUUUGUAAAUUUGUCUCGGCGUUUUCGGAGACCGAAGCGUCCACUUGGUCGGUGUUUGCGUCUAUUUACCGUAAACACCGGGCAGCAGCAGCUCCCCCUUCACGUUUCCAAAUUAUUGCGAAGUGUUUUCAUAAUCAACAUCUACACGACACAAACCGGGCGGCAGUGGAUGAAAAAAAUCACACAAACAUCCGUGUAUCCAUGGUGAUAAUGCUAUACACCACCUGCUAGGCGUGUGAUGAGCAGCAGAGGGCUGCAAAAUGACCAACACACAACAACAUGUAAAUAAAAAUGUAACACUUUUAUAUAUUGAAUAAAUGUACAUUUGCUUGUCAAAUUAUGUUAGUAUCCAAGAAUUAUAUUAUUUCAGCCUAUUAAUUAAACAAGUAAAAUUAGAUCCAAAGCCUGGAAAUAGUUGUGACUGGUUUAGUGAAAACUGCAAAGAUCAUUACCAUAGCAAUUAAAAGACCAUCUGCAGACCUUGCCUUCAGUAGUUUCAUGUGAACUACAUGGUAAAAUGUAAAACUUUUGGUUCCUGAUUUAUGCAGUAAAAAUAUUCAUUUGAAAGACCUGGCCUAUUUCAGUUUUGUGUGUUACUGAUGGUUUUUAAUGAGGCAAACGUGAUUCAAUGCAAAGUAUUACAGUGAGAGCAAAACAUUUCUUAUCCGAUUACUCGAUUAAUCGACAGAUUAAUCGAUAGAGUACUCGAUUACUAAAAUAAUCGAUAGCUGCAGCCCUACUUGUGAGUGUAUUCUGCUGUUUUUGAGGUACAGUAAAAGUUGUAUUAGUGGCUCAAUCCCGUCAUUUUGAAGUGCAAAGGCCUGUAUUUGUUGUGUAAAUAGUAACACGACUGCAUGCAAGCACAGCUCUUUGUGAAGGGAAUGAUUGGUCCUUAUUGGUCCUGUGAGUCCAGAUUGCUUAACUUGCAGCAAUUCACUUUGCACCAUCCGCUGUGGACUACACACUCUGUGCUUAAAUGACUCUGCCUCUUAAAACGACAAGACUGGGGAUUUCUCAUGUUUAGAGUGACAACCCCAUUGAUCACCAGAACAGAAUAAUUUCAUGGACAGAUAACAGUUUCCUUCAGUCUCUGCUCUGAUAAAUGUUUAUUCACUACGGUUACUGCUGUCUUUGAUUCUCCGGUCUGUUCAGUGCUUCCCCCUUGUGUCUGAUCUUUGUUACAGCAGACUGAAAAGCACACUUACAAGGUUUCAGUUGUGUGUGCUCACAUUGUCACACGUUGUUUCACUCACCCCACAAACACCAACCACAUAAGCAUCUGCUCAUGACUAUGACAUGAUCUGCUGCAAAGUAUUAAAUACAUUAAUACUAAAAAAUGUUCGUGGUUAAAGGCCUAAAUUCUCCCUCUUUUCUGUGAAAUGUGUAUGUUGACAACUAAUGUCUUCAUUUCUGUUUAAGCUCUUUUUAGUUUUCACACAGUUUUAUUGCUUUUGAACCCAAACUAGUUUUUUUUUCUUCAUUUGUGUCAUAGGUUUCUGAGGUAUUUUUUAUCAUUUAGAUCACAUAUAUAAAAGAUGAGCUUUAAUACCCUCCUCCUUGAGAUGACUUAGACUUGAAAAGUAUUCUCUUGGUGAGACAUCUUACAAAGUGGUCUGUUGCUACAUGUAUUCAUUGUAAAGAUCAUUAUGUCCUUGUUUUCAGGGAGGUACUUUGUCCUGGAUGUUUUUUCUGUAUCCUCAUGAAGGCUUUGUUGAAAUCUAGUUUGGAUUGCUUCCCCUUUUAUUUCUGCAGGAGUUCCUCUUUUUUCCUCCAAACUCAUGUUUCAUACACAUUGUCUAUUCAAUUCAAUACGAAACAGCUGCAUGAUGCCAAGAAUGAUCAUUCAGAGUUCUCUUUCGUGAAUAGGAAGUACUGUGUUUUGUAAUGUGCGCUUAUGCUGAUAUCUUGGAUUUGUCUUUCCUCUUGUUGACAGAACAAUUAUCUGGGAGGAAGCUGAAUGUGGCUGAGGUGACCCAGUCGGAGAUCGGACAGAAGCAGAAGCUCCAGACAGUUUUGGAGGCCGUCAAUGAACUCUUGAGGCCUCACGGCUGGAGCAUCGAGUGGAGUGUGGACUGUGAGUUUUACACCGGCUUGAACAACUCUCUGCUUCAACAGGGAGUCCAAUGCUGUAAGGUCAAAAGUAAUGAAUUAAAUAACCAUGGUGAAAACUGAAGCAACAUGAACAAAAGUAAUGUAGCCUACAUUUCCCAUCAUCCAACUUUAUUGUAUAUUUCAUUGUCAUUCUUUGUCAGACUUUGCAGAGCACCUUGACAAUCACCAACUAUAACAGUUGUUCUUGAGGAGCCCUAUGAAAGACUAUUGAAGAUGAGAGAAAGAUUUAGAGCUCCCCCUACUGGCUGGAUGCAGAAUAUAAUAUAAAUUCAUAGUGCAUAUAACAUAUUAUACAUUGGAUAUUAUACAUAUACGAUUUAUAGCCACUUACAAAAGAGGCCUGGGUUGGAUUUGAAAAAAUCUGAAUUGCUCUGUUUACACUUACAUGAAAAAACAUGAAACAUGAAAAAAUUAGAUUUGUGUCACAGAUGGUUAAAAAAUCGGAAUUAACCUGCAGUGUGAACAUAGCCUUAGUGUCACCCUCUGUGCUUGACUGCAAAUUACAACUUUCUAAUGACAUUUAAUGCAGAAAAUAAUAACUGUGGUGGUUUACUAAUGGUGUUAUCGUGUAGAUUACAGAGCUGUAGCAUCAUCACUGUAAAAAUUUGACAGUUUCUGAGUAUUGAAAACCUUUAGUAAGUUUUUGCUUCUGGGCACACAUUCUUGUGUACCAUCUCCAGAGUCAUAUUGAUGCAUAAUUCAUGUAGAAAGGGUCUAAUUUUUCAUAAACUCACAUUAUCAGCUGCUCAUCUGUCAUCUGUCUAAAUUUCUAUCUUGGGGUUUUCUUCUGAAAAAUCCAAUUUCUUUUGGGCUCAAGUUUUUACAGAUUGUAUUCCUCCUUGAGACAAAUAAACUAAGCUUCAUUAGUAAAAUAAGUGAACUGCCCCUCUAAACUUAUAAUUAAGCCUCUUAAUUUGCAUUACAAAUAGAGUGUAUUUAAUCCUUGCACAGAGUUUUGAAAGAACUCUUCAAACACGUUGGUCCCUCUGGAGCUAACCUCAGAGUUAAUUUAAUUCAUGCUCCAUUAACUGCUCCUUUUAAAUUUGACUUUUAUCUUUGAGAGGAAAAAAAAAGCCCCGACUGUUACCUUUCAUCUUUAGGAAAGUGCCCACAUUAUUAUGUAAGCCUUCGACUGAGAGCUUUUUCUUUUUUUAUUUUUGAUUGUCUGGUACAGCCAUCCACUCAAAGAACCUGGUGGCUAUUGUUUACCUGCUGGUGGCUCUGGCGAUGCACUUCCAGGCCCCCAUCAGACUUCCCGAGCAUGUCUCUGUGCAGGUGGUGGUGGUGAAGGUAGGUCGAGUGUCUCAUCAAGCUCAUAUUUAUCAUCAAUAGAGUGUAGCAGUGAGUUUAAUUUGAUUUAUUUGCUUAAUGUCUUAUCUCUUUAAAGCUCAGUAAUCUCUAUAAUUCCUUUCUAAAGACAGGAAACAACAACAGUGACUUACAUUCAAACAGUCUGAGACAAAAGAGCAUAAAUAUGUUUGUACAAUCACACGUAACAAUUUUAUCCUGUUUAUUUGUUUGAGCAGAAGAGAGAGGGCAUCCUGCAGACCGCUCUGGUGACCAAGGAGCUGACAAGCACCACAGAGUAAGAGCUGACACAGUUUCCUGAAUUUUAUUUAACAUUUUUUAUGAUUUUAGUUUUACAAAUAAUUCUUCUUCUUCUUUUACUUUUCAGAAUGAUGAUGGGAAGAUUUGGUGAGUUUGUACCACAGAUUUCAGAUUAAUUUUAAAAAGUGCCCUUCAACAUUUUCAUACUGUAUCGUUUUGUUACCGCUCAGGGGAAAAGUUCACUGGCUGAGAGGAUAAAAACAGAUGAUUAAAAGAAAGCACCUGUCAAAUUUCUGAGUCUGAAAGAGCAAAAUCUUCCAGUCAGUCUUUCUGGCUGACAGCACAGCGGAGAAAUGCUUUUAUAAUCAUUUCAAGGAAUUAAAUGUUUUUUUCAUUUGUGCUAUUCUGUCAGUCUGACCUGAAAUUUCUGACUUUUCUUGAAAAGUGUUAAGUUUAAAACUUCUCUUUUUUUAUUACAGAGAGAGAUGCAUUCGAUACGUUGUUGGAUCAUGCACCUGACAAGCUCAACGUAGUAAAAACGGUAUUGAAGACUUUUCUAUCUGAAUGACAAAGUCACCACAGUAACAUUGUUUGGCUGUAAACAUGGCUUACGGUUUAUUAAUCCUGUCACCAGUCUCUGAUCACCUUCGUGAACAAACACCUGAACAAGCUGAACCUGGAGGUCACUGAGCUGGAAUCUCAGGUAAUAAGGAAUGUGCUGGUUUGUAAACAAAUAAUUAAUAAGGUGUGUAUUUAUGAAUCAUGCAGCCUCUCAUCUUCUCUGUAUUUACAUGCACAAGUUUAAUUUUCAAUCACAUGUCAUUUAAGUUGAUCCUCUUGGACAGUUUUAAUAUUUGAUGCGUGUUUGUUUGUGUGUGUCUCCAGUUUGCAGAUGGAGUGUACCUGGUUUUGCUGAUGGGGCUGCUGGAGGACUACUUUGUCCCUCUGUACAACUUCUUCCUCACCCCUGAGAGCUUUGAACAGAAGGUGAUCUGACCACCUUUAAGCAGAGUUUCUUGUUUAAAUAUGCAGAUUUUGAAUCUUAUCGGAUUAACUGAGCGUCUAUAUUCCCCUUCAGGUUCAUAAUGUGGCGUUUGCUUUUGAGCUCAUGCAGGAUGGAGGCCUGAAGAAACCAAAAGCCAGACCUGAAGGUAUUUUAAACUCUUACAAAAGACAUGAGGGAUUGAUUUAUUUUGGGUUUUUUUUAUUUUUUAGGAGAUUUGUUUUUUUUUUAUGAUUAUUAUUAUUAUUGUUAUUAUUGUUUACUGUAUUAUAGUGGUUGUCCUUUUGUGGCAGUCAUUUGAAGGUUGACCAGUAGAUGGAAACCUUGCACCACCCUCCCUGGUUUGAUGUGUUUGUUCAGCCUGAGGCUACGCUCUGCUGACCAGUUUCAAUAAACCAGCCUGUUCUUAAUUUAAGUACAAUAGCUGUAAUAAGGGAAUCAAAAGUGCACCUGAUGUUUUUUAUGAUUGUUGCUAUAAUUAGUAAAAGUCAGUUUUCGUUGACUCAUUUUACUGUCUACAUCCAACCAGUCCAUUUUCCAAAAAGCUUUCAUUACUUUUAAUGUCAUAACUCAUAUGUUAUGAGGCUUAAAGGCACUGUGAGGACUCUUUUACUGGUCAAGAAACAGACUGAAACUGAUGCAUCCUAAUGACCUUCUAAAGCAAAACAGACCAUCAGCAACAGGUCAGAUAAUUUCCUGGAGUUGUUUUUCAUGCUUAAAAUGCUCAGAAGGGGGUAGGUGUCAGUCAAGAUGAUUGACAGCAGAAAAAAACAACCUUGUUUUUUAACUUUGUCAGUGUCAUUGUUAAAAGACACCAGGAUGAGGUUUUGUUCAAAACAAUACUUGGACUUUUAUGUGAAAACAGACAAGGGUUCUCUCUUUUGACCACAGGGGGGCGUCAUUACUAACACAAACCAAAAGUUCCUCACAGCAGUUUUAAGUUCUGAUGAGGGGAUUUUUGGAUCAGUUUCUUCUUUGAUUAAUUUAAUUUUCCUCAAUCUGUUGAAAAAUCUUUGAAAUUGCAAAACAGUUAAUCUUGAUACUUCUAUUAUGACUAACAAAAGCAUAAGACUGACCAUUUCUAUGAAGUUAUGGAUCCAUUUUUUUUUUUUGUCAAGAAACACUUUUCAACCGUCAAGGGACUGACAUUAUUGACACUAACAACAAUUUCAUCUGUAUUUAUUUUGAAUUAUCUUCCUGUAAGAUAAAGUAAAAAAAAAAAAAAGAAUCACGGGAUUACAGUGACAGUAUAAUGUCACAAAAUUAAAAACAGGGCUUUUUGCUGAAGCGUAUCAAGAGCUGUCAUCUAGUUAUAUGCUGUUUUACAAGACAGCAACACCAGAGCAGCUUUAAUCAGCAGUCCAGAUGAUUUUUGGUACAUUUUGCAGGCAAUAAGUGAAAAAAAUGUAACUGUAUUAUAUAUGAAAGAAACAGAACAUGUCCAGAUAGAUAGAUCGAUAGAGCGAUAGAUACAUAGAUACAUACAUACAUACAUACAUACAUACAUACAUACAUACAUACAUACAUACAUACGUUCAUCCCCCCUCCCCUUUUCUUCCUUUCUUCCUUACAUCUUGAAGGGAAUUAUUACAGCAGCAUGAAUCACAGUCAGUAAGAUAAAAAAAAAAACAUCAAACAGACAUUCAAGCACAUAAAAGCCUCCAAGACAACAGAUCUACUAAGAAUUAGAAAAUCCAACAAAUUCUCAAUAAGAUAUCUAAAUAUAGAUAUAAACGUAUGAUAGGGUGAUUCAAAGUGCAAAUUUAUUUCAUUAUUCAAUGUGACUAAGUCAUCAGCAUUUCAUUUAUGCUGAUGACUUAGUCAUCGUGUCACCUUACAAUGCUGGUGUUCAGCAACUGCUCAGGAUGUGCCAGUUUCUAGUCAUGAUGAACAGCAUGACACCAAGUUUUACUGCAGAAAGAGUGGUAUAAUGAUGAUAAAAGACAAGGGCUUUUAGAGAGCAAAUGUUCCUUCUUAGAUUAGGCAAUUCAUGUUGAGGAUAAAAUGAAUAUCUGGAUCAUAUGAUCAGGUGUGAUCUAAGUGAUGAUGAUCUACAGCAGUAAUGCUGUAUGCAUAAGUUAAUAUAAUGGUGUGUAAAUUUUCAAUGUGCACUAAUAAUGUUAAAACAUUACUGUACUUCAUUUUACACUCUACAUCUGUGGUAUAAUAAGAGCACAGGUAAGAUAAACAAAAAAAAAUCAGUUUUCAAUUAAUGAUGUAUUUUUAAAUCAUCAAGAUAGACGAGUGUAUAAGUCAUGUGUUUGUUUUUAUGAUGUCCUUACAUUUAAUGCUUUACUGAGACAUUUUAAGUCAAUAUUUAUGUGCCUAUUCACUGAUUCAGAAAAUGUAACCAUAAGGGAGCUCGCUCAACCGCUCACAAAGGUGUUUCUCUUGUUUCUGGAAACACUGGAGCAGAUCUCUUUUUGAGUUUUAAUCACUGUGAACAUGUGAACUAUUAUCUUAGAUUUUUGCUCUCCCUGUAUUUUGUUUACAUUUUUUCUAUUUUUUAUUAUUAUUUUCAAAGAACAAUGUUGCUGACUUCUUAAAAUAUUUUUACAGGGACUUUGCUUCACAUUGAUCACCUCUCUUUUUCUACAAGUUUUCUUCCUCACCUUGUUUAUCUAAAUAAUUACUGAGUCUCUCUUACUGCAUUGUUUAUACUCUUAGCUCACAACUUACUUGUUGUCGUUUUCUCUCUCCUAAUUGCUUGUUUGUGAAGUCUUCUCAUUUUUGUCUGUUUAUGACCAGUGAACUCUCCCAGCACAGUUUUCUGAGGCAGCCUAACGUUUUACUGCCCAGUCUUGUGUGUACAAGCCAGGAAAAUGCCAAAGUGGGAAAUAGACUUUCUGGUUUUGUGUAAUUAUUUAAUAUUUGUAUUUUGAAUCAGUUUGAGCUACUGUAGACUUUCCAAGUGUGCAAAUAUUGUUUCUCUCCACACUUAUGCAAAUGAUCUCCCUGUCUUCAAACAUUUUCUGGUUUAAGCCAAAAAGGAAACACGUCUCCUGCCAGAAAAAAGUAAUCACUUCUCAGAUUUUUGCAGUAAUUGGAUGUACUAGCUAUGUACGAUCUUCAUAGCUGCACAACUGCACUCCCACUUUGACAUGUGUCCUGAUUAGCGUAUGAGUAGCUUAAGUCUUUGCACAACUGUGGGUUUAUUAAAAAUGAAAGCAGAGAUCCUGAAUCUGUUAAUGAUAUCAACACUGUCAACCACUCAGAGAUACAAGCCCCAGAAUAACAUGAAGUAAAUAAUGUAGUACACCAUCUCACAGACAGAGAGCAGAAAGUAGUUUGAGGCCUUUGGAUCUCCUGUGGCAGGAAGUGAUACAUCAUAAAAAUCAUUUGCAAAUUCUUCAGCUAUUUCAGGCUCCAUUACCUGUGAGGAAAAGUAGUCCAAUAUUAAUUAGAAAAGAAGCUCCUUAGCAUUGUAAAUAUUAACUUUUGGCAGUGCAGCCCAUUUAUGUUGUACUUCGAAGUCUCAGAGAUCAAAUUUUUCCCUCUCAUAGCGUAAAUUUGUGCACUUCUCUAACGUCUUAACUGUCAUCCCAAAAAAGUAAUGGUCUCUGCCGUCUCAAUUUUGUCUUCCAGAUGUUGUCAACGUGAACCUCAAGUCCACCCUCAGAGUCCUCUACAACCUGUUCACCAACUAUAAAAACUCAGAGUGAUUUUCUCCAGUUCCCCUUCCUGAUAUCACUCCAUGGAUAUUUUGAAUUACAGUCCGGACACUAAAGGAGACCAACUGGGACUGAAAGUCAUCAUUAUGUUGGACUUACAAAGACCCAUGGGGAGUCGCCAAGAAAAGGCUCUGAAUGUUAGUAUUUAAUCUUCCCCUAAUGUCAGAAUUUAUUUAUUCAACCCCCUCAUGAUAAAUGCAGCCCAGGAAACCCUGCAGCCUUUAACUUGCAUUUGAAUGCUCUGCCAUCACAGGGAAAUGUACGAGGGCAGGACUUAAACACUUGAAAGCAUCGGUGUGCUCAACCCUCCUUCAGGGAAUACUGUCAUAGAAAAUGCUUUUACAUAUUAUAUCUGAAAGUGCUUUAUGUAAAUAUAUAAAGAUAAUGUAAACAAUCGUGAAAAUAAACAUAUUUACUUUAAUUAGCA